AUGAAUCUCGCCAUCGCCCUCCUAGCCUUGGCAACAUUCGCCCUCAGCACCCCCCUCGAGGACCUCACAGCCUGCCUCCGCACCGCCUCCGUGCCCAUCGCCUCCUCGCCUCCCACGCCCUACAACCUGCGCCUCCCCGUCAAGCCCCUCCUCCUCGUCGUCCCGACCACAACCCCCCAGAUCGCCUCCGCGGUGGCAUGCGGCGCCAGGAACGGCGUCGGCGUCAGCGCCAAGAGUGGUGGGCACAGUUACACCUCGGCCGGGUUCGGCGGCGAAGACGGCCAUCUGGUGAUCAACCUGGACCGCAUGUACGGAGUGACGGUCGCGAGCGACGGCACGACGGCCAGAGUGCAGGCCGGUGCGCGGCUGGGGCACGUAGCUACGGAGCUGUACAGGCAGGGAAAGAGGGCGAUAUCUCAUGGUACUUGUCCAGCUGUCGGCGUCGGCGGCCACGCCCUCCACGGCGGCCACGGCAUGGUCUCGCGAACCUACGGCCUCGCCACAGACUGGAUCCAAGCCGCCACCGUCGUCCUCGCCAACGGGACCAUCACGCGCUGCUCGGCGACCGAGCGGCCCAACCUCUUUUGGUCGAUCCGCGGCGCGGGCUCGUCCAUGGCCAUCGUGGCGGAACUCGAGUUCAACACGUUUGCGGCGCCCGACAAGGUGACGUACUUUGACAUUGACUUGGUCUGGGACGUGGCGAAGUUGCCGCAGGUUCUUGUCGAUACGCAGGAGUUUGCGAGGACGAUGCCGGCGGAGCUAACCAUGUCCACGACGUUUAACAAUGACGGGGUUUACCUCAAUGGCGCGUAUGUGGGUGAUGAUAAGGCGUUCCGGACCGCUGUGCAGCCUUUGCUUGCAAAGAUUGGGGUCCAGGUGUCCAGUUCCAAGACGGUUGGGUGGAUUGACUUUAUCAAGCACUAUGCGGGUGUGACGGAUAUCGAUAUAACGACGGCAACGUAUAACGAACACGACAACUCGUACGCAUCAAGCCUCACAACGCCCGCCCUAGCCAAGACAACCUUUCAAUUCCUCGUCGACACCAUCGCCAAGCACGGCCUCACCGCGACCCGGUCCUGGUACAUGCACAUGAACUUCCACGGGGGCCCGACCUCGGCCGUGGCGCGCCCUAAGACGGACGACACGGCCUACGUCCACCGCGACAAGAUGCUUCUCUUCCAGCUCAAGGACGGCGUCUCGACGAGCCAGACGUACCCGGCCGACGGGUUCGCGCUGCUCCAGGGGUUGCGGCAGAGCAUCACGCGGGCGCUGGGCAGCGACCAGUGGGGCAUGUAUGCCAACUAUCCCGACUCCCAGGUGAGCGGGAGCGAGGCGCCGAGGAUAUACUGGGGGAGCAAUUUGCAGAGGCUGGAGUGGAUCAAGGCCGACUAUGAUCCCACAAAUGUGUUUCGCGAUGCGCAGUCUAUUCAACCUGCAAAGUAG